AAUUAAUAUAGCUCCCUCCCACAACCUACCACCUUGCCACACCAAUUGAAAAGGAAGAAGAAAGAAGAAAGAAGAAGAAGAAGAUGAACGUGGAUCUCGAAUCAUUGGCUGAGGCCACUUCCGGAGCCAUUGGAUCAUUGCUCAGCACCACUAUUUUGUACCCUCUCGACACGUGCAAGACCAAGUACCAGGCUGAGGCUCGUUCCCAUGGUCACAGAAGAUAUAGGAAUCUCACUGAUGUAUUUUUGGAGGCAAUAUCUAACCGUCAGGUGCUUUCACUUUACCAGGGCCUUGGAACAAAGAAUCUUCAAGCCUUCUUUUCCCAAUUUGUCUACUUCUAUGGAUACAGCUAUUUUAAAAGACUGUAUCUACAAAAAAGUGGUUAUAAAUCUAUUGGAACAAAAGCAAACUUGGUUAUUGCUGCUGCUGCUGGGGCUUGCACUGCCAUUGUGACUCAGCCCCUGGAUACAGCCUCUUCAAGGAUGCAGACAAGUGACUUUGGAAAGUCUAAAGGGCUGCUGAGUACUCUUACAGAAGGAUCCUGGAGUGAUGCAUUUGAUGGCCUCAGUAUUUCCUUGCUGCUGACCUCAAACCCUGCAAUACAGUAUACAGUGUUUGAUCAGCUGAAACAUCGAACACUGAAGAAUAAACAAAACGAAACUGAUAAAGGAGCAUCUCCAGCAUCCCUUUCUGCAUUUAUGGCCUUUCUUUUAGGUGCAAUUUCAAAGAGCAUCGCUACCUGUGUAACAUAUCCAGCUAUUAGGUGCAAAGUUAUCAUUCAAGCUUCAGACUCAGAUGAAGCAUCCUCCAAAACAAAGAUAAAAUCACAGAAAACUGUGUCUAGAGUUCUCUAUGGAAUAUGGAAAAGAGAGGGCAUACUGGGAUUUUUUAAAGGACUGCAUGCUCAAAUCUUAAAAACUGUUUUGAGCUCAGCACUGCUCUUAAUGAUCAAGGAAAAAAUCUCUGCUACUACUUGGGUGCUUAUCCUUGCAGUUAAAAGGUACCUGUUACAUUCAAGGGCUAAAGUUAAGAACUUAUAAGUUAUAAUAGCAGUUCCUGGAGGAAGAAGCUUCAAUCCCUCGUGGAUAAUGAAUUUGGUUGGAGUGCAAAGUCUGCAUUUUAACAAAUACAUCGAUCUCUUCAAAUGUGAGAUGAGAUUGUUUUGGUGGCUUCUCUUUGUUACUAGUAAUGAACAACUAGCCCAGGAAUUUAUUGAAAAGACUGAUAGAGCAAGCCAAAGUAGAAAGUUUUCACAAUAAAUGGUUUUUUGGUUAUAUUCCUUGUUUCAAAUAAAGGCCUGCAUUACCUUUUUUUUUUUUUUUUAGCUAGUUCUUUUAUAUCUUGUGGAAUUCCCACAUACGAAGGGUGUCAGUUUAAGAGUAGCGUAGGAGCCUUAUAAAUAAGCACCCUCUUUUUAUGUAUGUAAUCACUUCAGUUUCAGAUUACUAAAUAUUUUGAUGUUCUGAUUUUUUUGUCAUGA